AUCAAAUUGCAGGUCAUGUGUUUUGGUUGAGCUGCUAAUUCUGUUCUGUUGAAUUGUUAUUUUUCUCAAAAUAUUGUUAGAGCUACUUUAUUAUUUCAAAUUUGGUUAAAUAGUCAUGAAGGAAAAUUAAUAAUUAUUAAUUCAGCAGCAUUUUUAGCUAAAUUAGCUUCCACUGUGAUCUAUAAGACUUUAAUCUUUUACGAAUAACAAUGGACUACGAAUACGAAGAAUCUGCAAACAGGCAAAGAGCCCUUCAGGGCUAUGCUAUCUUGGAAAGGACUUCGCAAUCCUUGGCUAGGUCAGAACAAGCUGCACUUGAAACGGAGCGUAUUGGCACGGAGGUGCUAUCAGAACUAGAGAGCCAAAGAGAAUCCCUGCUAAGAACAAGACAGAGACUCGAAGAUGCAGACGAAGAGCUGAGUCAGGCUCGAAGAGUGCUUAACUCGAUGUAUAAAAAUAUAAUUGCGAACAAAAUCAUCUUGUGCCUGAUAAUAAUUCUGGAAAUGGCCAUUCUUGGGGGAUCUCUUUAUCAUAAAUUGUCGUAGCUAUUUAAAAUCAACACAUUCCCUUCUAUAUCCAAUAUUUUUCAUGCUAUUUCUUCAUUUGCAAUUUAAUUAUUAAUAAAAAUUUGUAAAAUAUGAAUAAAUGUUAAAUAUAUAUUUGUAAGACUAAAUUAAUUGCACUCAUUGUAUGUUACAAUUAUCCCUUUGUUUAAAAUAAUAAUAAAAAAAGUUUAAAUUUCUUUACCUUUUGA